GGACCAGUCUUUAUUCUCUCGAGCUUGGUAAGUUCAUUACGUUUCUUUUGAACUCUUCAUCUGUUUUCUCUCCUCAGUUUACGAACAUCUUGAACAAUUUAGCUCAGCAGGAAUUACAAGAUCUUUAUAUAGCAUGGAGUACUCAAUCAAGGAUGACGUGACUCAAUUGAUAGGUAACACUCCAAUGGUGUACCUAAACAACAUUGUAGAUGGCUGCGUUGCACGUAUCGCCGCUAAGCUUGAGAUGAUGCAGCCUUGCUCUAGUGUCAAGGACAGAAUUGCUUAUGGAAUGAUUAAAGAUGCAGAAGACAAGGGACUCAUUUCUCCCGGCAAGAACAUAUUGAUUGAGCCAACAUCUGGUAACACCGGGAUUGGUAUAGCAAUGGUCGGAGCAGCUAGAGGUUACAAAGUUGUGAUUACAAUGCCUGCAUCAGUGAGCAUUGAGAGAAGAAUCAUUCUUCUAGCAUUAGGUGCAGAGCUUCACCUCACGGAUCCAAGCAAAGGCGUUAUAGGAGUCAUUGUCAAAGCUGAAGAGAUAUUAAGCAAAACUCCAGAUGGUUUCAUGCCAGAGCAAUUCAGAAACCCUUCAAACCCACAAUCUCAUUAUGACACCACUGGUCCAGAGAUAUGGAGAGACUCUGCAGAGAAAGUAGAUAUGUUGGUUGUUGGUGUUGGGACUGGUGGAACGAUCUCUGGAGCAGGGAAGUUUCUCAAGGAGAAGAAUAAAGACUUUAAGGUUUAUGGGGUGGAACCUGCAGAGAGUGCUGUACUCAGUGGAGGGCAACCUGGUCCACAUGGGAUCCAAGGUAUUGGAGCUGGACUCAUCCCAGACAAUUUGGAUUUUAGCGUUCUUGAUGAAGUCAUUCAAGUGACAAGUGUGGAAGCAAUUGAAACAGCCAAACUUCUUGCCCUGAAAGAAGGAUUAUUGGUUGGAAUAUCAUCCGGAGCCGCUGCGGCCGCUGCUAUAAAAGUGGCAAAACGGCCAGAAAACGCUGGGAAGCUCAUAGUUGUGGUUUUCCCUAGUGGCGGGGAACGUUACUUAUCGACUCCAAUGUUCGACUCCAUCAGAUGUGAAGCAGAGAAUUUGGCAAUUGAAUGAGAGAGACUUAUCAUCCACCACUACUACUACUACUUAAUUCGGUUCGGUUAUGUAAUAAAGUAUCAAGAUAACGGCAUAAGAAGUGUUGUUUGACUUGAAAUGACGUAAUUUUGCUUCCAGAAUAAAUUAAGAAAAUUCUAGACAUGCAUGUAAUGUACGUAAACGUAAGUAACGUAUGUUGAUAAAUAAACAAAAUUAAAGCGAAAUCCUCGCCGAUUUGGUAAA